AUGGGUGGGGCGAGCCUGCUACGGGGUUCCGGGAAGGGGCAGGUUGGAAAGAACCCCGUGGUUGUCUUGGGGAACUGGUCAGCCGGGGCCCCCGCCAGGUUUACUCUGGACGGGUGGGCGAGGGCCUGCCAGGUUUGUCCCAAGGGACCACCUGGCGAGCUCGGCCCGCCCACCGUUCCUGGGAACGGCUGGGCGAACGGGCCCCGCCAGGUGUCCCAGGACGGGCGGGCAGGCCUUGACGGGUGGGCAAGGCCCGUACGGGUUCCGGGAAGGGGCCAGAUGUUUCCUGGACUGGUUGGGCGAGGGCUGCCUCAGGUGUCCCAGGACACCUGGCGAGCUCGCCCGCCCGUUCCUGGGAACGGCCUGGGCGAAGCCGCCAGGUGUCCCAGGACGGGCGGGCAGGCCUUGACGGUGGGCGAGGCCCGCUACUGGUUCCCAGGGAAGUGGCAGGUCCCCGGACGGGCGGGCAGAGGCCCGACAGGGGUCCAGGGACGGCGGGCAGAGGCCCGCCAGGCAUCCCGGGACGAGCAGUCACGGCUCACCAGGCGUCUCGGACGGGCGGGCGCGGCCCCGUCAGGCUUCCCGGGUACGGGCGGGCAAGGCCCGCCAGGCGUCCCGGGACGGGCAGGGGAGGCCCGCCAGGCGUCCCGGGACGGGCAGGCGCGGCUCACCAGGCAUCUCGGGACGGGCGGGCGUGGCCCGCCAGGCUUCCCGGGACGGGCGGGCGAGGCCCGCCAGCCGGGCCCGCCAGGUUUCUCGGGACUGGUUGGCGAGGCCUGCCAGGUGUCCCGGGCGGGCCUCGCCCGCCUGUUUUCACGAACGGGCGGGCGAGGCCCGCCAGGCAUCCAGGGACGGGCGGGCAGAGGCCCGCCAGGCGUCCCGGGAUGGGUGGGCAGGGCCUUGACGUGUGGGCGAGGCCUGCUACGAGUGUCCCGGGACGGGUUGGCAAGGCCUGCCAGGCGUCCCGGGAUGGGUGGGCAGGCCUUAACGGGUGGGCGAGGCCCGCUACGGUUCCCAGGAAGUGGCAGGUCCCCGGACGGGCGGGCAGAGGCCCGCCAGGCGUCCAGGGACGGGGCGGGCAGAGGCCCGCCAGGCGUCCUGGGAUGGGCAGGCACGGCUCACCAGGGGCGUCUCGGGACGGGCGGGCGCGGCCGUCAGGCUUCCCAGGAUGGGCGGGCGAGGCUGCCAGGCGUCCCGGGACGGGCGGGGAGGCCCGCCAGGCCUCUCGGGACGGGCAGCGCGGCUCACCAGGCGUCCCGGGACGGGCGGCCGUGGCCCGCCAGGCUUCCCGGGACGGGCGGGCGAGGCCCUCCAGGCUUCCCGGACGGGCGGGCGAGGCCCGCCUGGCGUCCCGGGACGGGAGGGGGAAGGCCCACCAGGUGUCCCGGGACGGGACGGGCGAGGCCCGCCAGCGUCCCUGGACGGUGGGUGGGCCUUGACGGGUGGGCGAGGCCCGCUACGGUUCCGGGAAGGGGCAGGAAGUGGCAGGUCCCCGGACGGGCGGGCAGAGGCCCGUCAGGCGUCCAGGGACGGGCGGGCAGAGGCGCCAGGCAUCCCGGGCGGGACGGGCGGGUAGAGGCCCGCCAGGCGUCCCGGGACAGGCAGGCACGGCUCACCAGGCGUCUCGGGACGGGCGGGCGCGGCCCGUCAGGCUUCCCAGGACGGGCGGGCGAGGCCCGCCAGGCGUCCCGGGACGGGCGGGGGAGGCCCGCCAGGCCUCUGGGACGGGCAGGCGCGGCUCACCAGGCGUCCCGGGACGGGCGGGCGUGGCCCGCCAGGCUUCCGGGACAGGCGGGCGAGACCGCCAGGCUUCCUGGGACGGGUCGGGCGAGGCCCGCCAGGCGUCCCGGGACGGCGGGGGGGAGGCCCGGGGGAGGCCCACCAGGUGUUCCGGGACGGACGGGCGAGGCCCGCCAGGCGUCCCUGGACGGGUGGGUGGGCCUUGACGGGUGGGCGAGGCCCGCUACGGGUUCCGGGAAGGGGCAGGUGAGGCCCCCCAGGUAUCUUGGGACUGGUCAGCCGGGCCCGCCAGGUUUCUCGGGACGGGUUGGCGAGGCCUGCCAGGUGUCCCGGGCGGGCCUCGCCCGCCUGUUUUCACGAAGUGCGGGCGAGGCCCGCCAGGCAUCCAGGGACGGGCGGGCAGAGGCCCGCCAGGCGUCCCGGGAUGGGUGGGCAGGGCUUGACGUGUGGGCGAGGCCUGCUACGGGUUCCGGGAAGGGGCAGGUGAGGUCCCCCAGGUGUUUUGGGACUGGUCAGCCGGGCCCGCCAGGUUUCUCGGGAUGGGUGGGCGAGGCCUGCCAGGUGUCCCAGGCCACACCUGGCGGGCCUCGCCCGCCUGUUCCUGGAAACGGCUGGGCGAGGCCCGCCAGGUGUCCCGGGACGGGCGGGCAGGCGAGGCCCGCUACGGAUUUCGGGAAGGGGCAUGUGAGGCCCGCCAGGUGUCCCGGGACGGGUCGGCAAGGCCCGCCAGGCGUCCCGGGAUGGGUGAACAGGCCUUGA